AUGAUUCACAAGAAAACUGAAGAUCUUAAGCCACAGGAUGAUUCCCAGUGUUAUGUAACAGUCCAUAGGAGGACAAAGCAACAGACACAUUAUCUGAAGUUACAUCUACAGACGACAGACUAUGGCAACUUCCUGGCUAAUGAGUCUGGUCCUCUCACUAUUUCCACCAUUGAUGAUAAACUGAAAACAAAGCUGCUCACGGAAUUUCAUUACUUCAGAAACCAUGCUUUUGAACCACUCACUACUUUUCUGAAUUUUAUCACAUACAGCUACAUGAUUGACAAUGUAAUUCUUUUAAUAACUGGCACAUUACACCAGCGACCCAUAGCUGAACUUGUUCCCAAGUGUCAUCCACUGGGAAGUUUUGAGCAAAUGGAAGCAGUCAGCAUUGCCUCAAACCCCACUGAGCUGUUCAAUGCAAUUUUGGUUGACACACCAUUAGCUGCUUUCUUUCAAGACUGCUUGUCUGAAAAUGACCUGGAUGAAAUGAACGUUGAAAUAAUGCGCAACAAACUGUACAAGUCUUAUCUUGAGGCAUUCUACAAGUUUUGCGAAAAACAAGGAGGUACUACAGCAGAAAUAAUGAAACCUAUUCUUGAGUUUGAAGCAGACAGACGUGCCUUUAUCAUCACUAUUAAUUCAUUUGGCACUGAGCUGAGUAAAGAAGACAGAGAGAAGCUAUACCCAACCUGUGGAAAACUCUACCCAGAAGGCUUACACCUGUUGGCCAAUGCAGAUGACUACGAGCAAGUGAAGUGUGUUGCAGAUUACUAUGCAGAAUACAAGGCUGUUUUUGAAGGUGUAGGGAAUGACAGUGGAGAAAAGACACUUGAAGAUGCAUUUUUUGAACAUGAGACAAAGCUGAACGUGCUUGCAUUCAACAAUCAGUUUCAUUUUGGAGUAUUUUACGCCUAUAUAAAGUUAAAGGAGCAAGAAUGCAGAAAUAUUGUAUGGAUUGCCGAAUGCAUUUCCCAAAGACACAGAACCAAAAUUAAUAACUACAUUCCAAUUUUCUAAAUCUGAGAAUCUAUAAUGCUGCAGUGCCUGAAAAGAAGUACUUGUUCAAAUAAAAGAAAAAUCUUGUUUUAAAAUCUAACUAUUAUGUUUUUAACUGUAAUACUAAUCUUCCUUCUACAUAACAACAUGACAAAAAAGUAAUAUAAUUAGAUAUAUAAGUGUCAGGCAAUGUUAAUGGGCUCUUUCAUAGUUUUUGUUGAUAGUUUUGUUCCCCACUGUGAUCAUUUUAAUUUAACAAAUCAGUAAAAACUCCCGCAACAUCUCUUGUAUGCAUGUUCUUUUUCUGUGAAGUUACUGUGGAAGUAACUUUUAUGACAAAGAAGUUUGAGAAGUUUGUAAAGUUUAACUUUGGCUUAACUUUAAAUAAAGUUUUCAAAAGAUAGAUCACUAUUUCUACCUCACACUUAUGGUCUUCUUCAUGGCAGACAAGAUUCCAUGAAGAAUAUACUACACAAACAGGGGAUAAACUUUAGGACUACUCUGAGAUUCCCCUCAAAGAAUCUCAAGAGCAAACUUCCUGAGCCUUUGUAACUAUGACCUGUUGCUGAAGUUAAAUGUAAAUAAACAAUUGGGAUGCCACAAGCAUAUCUUCAUUUUC